AUGCCGCGGCUGAACGAGAAGACCCGACUGCUGCCUGCCGUGCAAACCAUUUACGGGUCCUCCAGCAAAAAGCUAAAGGCCAAACGCUGCCUGAUAGUACUAGGCAUCGUGACAGCGUUGGUUCUGGCUGGAUUGAGCCUGUGGUGGCUGUUUUUCGACAACUAUAAGUCGGUACCAGCAACAGUCAAGUUUAUCUGCGGCGACACGAAGAAUGAGGCCGGUUACAUCAAGCUACUCAAUAAGGAAGACGAUUAUUACUUCUACUGGUUCUUUGAGUCGCGCACCAGUCCCGAGACGGAUGCACUAGUAUUGUGGCUUACUGGAGGCCCCGGAGGCUCCGGGUUGUUCGCUCUUCUCGCCGAGAACGGCCCGUGCAGCAUCCAACCCGACUUGAGUACCAAACUCAAUCCGUACUCUUGGAACCUCAACGCCAACAUGAUUUGGCUAGACCAACCGACCGGCACAGGCUUCUCGUUUGGUUCUUCUGCAGACACAGACUACAAUGAAACCAACGUGGCCGAGAACAUCUACUGGUUCUUACAGAGAUUCUUGGAGAAACACCCUGAGUACCAGAACCGCGAGUUUUUCCUGACGGGUGAGAGCUAUGGUGGACACUACGUUCCAGCUGCAGCGCACUACAUGCAGAAGAUGAAUCAAGAGAGUGGAGAGCUCCCGAUCAUCAAUCUACAAGGCCUGGCCAUCGGCAACAGCCUCACGAAUGCGAUGAUUCAAUAUGCUCACUACCAAGACAUGAACCACAACCGGUACAACAUCGCGCUGUUGACUGACGCUGAAGUAGAGAAGAUGAAGAUGGACAGCGUUGCGUGCAUCCAGCUCACUCACGAGUGUCAGACGUCACCGAAUAAUGCGACUUUGUGUCUUCUGGGUGUAGAUUGUUGGGAUAAGAAGCUGGUACAGCCAUUGAGCAAGGCGAAUCGCAAUAACUACGACAUCCGCGAGCCGUGCAACAACAGCGACCCUCAUGCAAUCUGCGGAGACUUCCCCAUUAUUGCGGGGUACUUGAACUCUCCAGCAGUACGUGAGUAUUUGAGUGUCGAUGAGCGUUCUCCUGCGUGGGUGGAAGAGAACGAGGACAUUCACACGAGAUUCAUCGCAGACGGGGACUGGGCUGCAUCGUAUGAUACGUACGUCGGGGAAUUGCUGAAUGAUGGUCUCCGUGUGCUCAUUUACGCCGGCGACGCCGAUCUGAUGUGCAAUUGGGUCGGCAAUCGAGCGUGGACAUUAGACCUCGACUGGCGAGGCAAGGAUGGCUUUAAUACAGCCGAGAAGCGAUCAUUCAUCGCUCACGACCCCUUGCAGCAGCACAGCCGUAUGAUUAAUGCUGGUGAAGUCUGGACGUUCGAGAACCUUGCGUUCGUCCGCGUGUAUGAUGCUGGUCACAUGGUGCCGACCAACCAACCGGCAGUCUCUUUAGAUCUCAUUAACCGGUUCUUCGCCAACAAGGAAUUGUAG